AAAUCACCGCAAGUUCCAUCAAAACCCCGCCAAUUACGCACCUUGUCCGUCGCCUACCAUUUUUAUACACUCCCCCUGCUUUAAAGUUGAAUCCCAUUUCACACAUCUCAGACGAGAAAUACAAAUACCCAUUUUCACUACCAUCAAACCACAUCCCACAGACAUGGGUGCCCACGAAGAAGAAGCCGGAGGUGAAGAGUACUUGUUUAAGAUCGUGCUGAUCGGUGACUCAGCUGUGGGAAAAUCGAACCUUUUGUCACGUUUUGCUAGGAACGAGUUCGACAAUAACUCAAAGGCAACUAUUGGAGUAGAGUUCCAAACCCAAUGCGUGGAAAUUGAUGGGAAAGAAGUUAAAGCACAGAUCUGGGACACCGCUGGUCAAGAAAGGUUUCGAGCUGUUACUUCUGCUUACUAUAGAGGAGCUGUUGGUGCUCUUAUUGUUUAUGAUAUUACUAGGAGGAGUAGCUUUGACAGCAUUAAACGUUGGCUUGAUGAACUUACCACUCAUUGUGAUACUACAUUGACAAGAAUGCUGGUGGGGAACAAAUGUGAUUUGGAGAACAUAAGAGAUGUAAGUGUGGAGGAAGGCAAAAGCCUCGCAGAGGAAGAAGGCUUGUUCUUCCUGGAGACGUCUGCCCUCGAAUCUACUAACGUUCAGACUGCUUUCGAGAUCGUUAUCCGGGAAAUCUACAACAAUGUAAGCCGAAAAGCCCUAAACUCUGAUUCAUAUAAAGGCGAGUUGUCUGGGAAUAAAGUCACCCUGGUCAAGGAUGGGGCAAAUGCUUCCAAGACGGGUUUCUCCUGCUGUGCCAGAUGAUCUUUGGUCCUCCGUAUUGCAGAGAAGCCACCUGUUUCCACUCUUCUAAGUCCUGGUGUGUCAAUUUUGGAGCUUUCUCAAAUUUUCUUUUUUAAGGUUUGUUAUAGUUAAAACAUAAGACUGCAUUUAUGUUCUUAUAUAUAUACUCUUUUACAAGCCAAAAGAUUUCCAUAAAGUAGAGCCCAUGUUUCCCAGACAUUGAUGACAUAUAUUUGAAGGAUUAUAUUUUUAUAUCUGAA